CACCGCGCGCAGCCAGCCGGGCGCGCAGGGAGGGGAGGUCCUGACUCCCGCCGCUCCUCCUCUUCCCCGCUGCCGAGCGGGCGGGGCUCAGCCGCGUAACCACCGCCAUCGCCCCGUCCUCAGUGCCGGGCGCUACUUGUGCCUGCGUCUUCCGGCAGUAGAGAGCGGCGGUGGGUGCGGGUGAGUGGCGGAGCCUGGCGGCGGUGGCGGGGUGGGCGUCGUAUCGGUACCGGGCGCCCGGCCGAGACCACAAUGAACGUGGAACAUGAAAUUAGCCUCUUAGUUGAGGAGAUUCGGCGGCUGGGGACCAAAAAUGCCGAUGGACAAGUGAGCGUGAAAUUUGGUGUGCUCUUCUCUGAUGAAAAGUGUGCCAAUCUCUUUGAAGCCCUAGUGGGAACUCUUAAGGCUGCAAAACGACGAAAGAUUGUCACUUAUCAAGGAGAGCUGCUUUUACAAGGUGUUCAUGACAAUGUUGAUAUCAUGCUACUGCAAGACUGAUGCAAUGUGCAUUUCAGCAGUGUUAAUUGUAUUGCUGGAGACGGUGACUUCCAACAUCCACUGAAUCAGACUGAUCAUUCUUAUGUGUUUUGAUGCAUUUUCUAUAUCUUUAUAGUUGAAAGGAAAUUUUCCUAUUUUGGAAAAACAUUCCCUUUUGUAAUUCUUCCUAAAACAGUACUGUACAUGAUCAAGGUAAAAAGAUGCCAGUUCUUUUUAUUUUUUAUUUUUUAUUUUAUUUUUUUUUUUUAAAUCUCAGGUAAUACUUUUUAAUGAUGGUUAUUUUCAACGUAUGAAGAAUGGAACUGGUAUUUUAAUGUUUACAAGUGAAAACGUGCCAUGAAAGUAAAAAAUAAAAGAACACACUUCAGUUUA